CCCUGUAAACCGCCGUGGACCGUCUUCUAGUCAGAAACAAAACAAAAGCGGCGGGACGCGGUGGAGAUGAUGGUGAGACGUUACUGAAGUGUGGGCCGCCUGGAGAAUGAGCGGCGUGGACCCAGACAGAGGCACGAGAGAAGAACGGUACAGCAGCACCGAGUUGACUUUCUCCUCUGUUGUCUGUGUGGGUCGUGCCACACACUCCCUAAACCAACAACGGCUUUUGCUUGCAUUUUCCAGUGUUUCUUUUGUCAGCGAGUGCAGCAGAGUUGCAAUUCUUCUAGUGCCAGCCCCGAGCUGAGUGAAGAUCCGCCGUCCGACAUGGUGAAGAUGACAAAAUCGAAAACGUUCCAGGCUUACCUGCCAAACUGUCACAGAACUUACAGCUGCAUCCACUGUAGAGCACACUUAGCCAACCACGAUGAAUUGAUAUCCAAGUCAUUUCAGGGAAGUCAAGGCAGAGCCUACCUCUUUAAUUCUGUGGUGAAUGUUGGCUGUGGCCCGGCAGAAGAGCGAGUCCUCCUUACUGGGCUACAUGCUGUGGCUGAUAUAUACUGUGAGAACUGCAAAACCACACUUGGCUGGAAAUAUGAACAUGCCUUUGAGAGCAGUCAGAAGUACAAGGAAGGGAAGUUCAUCAUUGAACUGGCCCACAUGAUAAAGGACAAUGGCUGGGAGUGAACUCCAAGCACUGCCCUACUUCAGUUUGCAUCUACAUGAAAUAUUCUUUAGACAAUGAUAAACUGAAUCCAUGGACUUGAUGUUGGGCAACUAAGAAUAUAACUGAACUUUUAUAUAUAUAUAUGUAUAAAAUGAAAAUAACCUCACGGACUGGUAGAGUAGCUGAUGGGCUCUGUGGUUGGAUUUACCACUCCGCAAACCCUCAGUACUUCCUCUCCUUUUUUUUUUUUUUUUUUUUAAACCACUUUUUGUCUCGUCGUAAACGUAUUCUUAUGUGAACGGCUAUUAUUUUCCCAGUUGCUGCUGCAGGAAUCCGCAACACGUUGGAACGUUUUUCUUUCCUCCCCAUUUCUAAAACCCUUUUUUCUAAACUCGCGUCCAAGAGACAUAAUGUGAAUUUCUCUGAUGGCUUGCAGUUCCAGUCCUUGUGCAUGCCUAUAAUCUACAUCCUCUCCCUCCUUAUUCUAUACCAUGUUUAAAUGUGGAGAGGUUCACAUGCAUUUGUGAGAGAACGCGCUUUUUUUUUUUUUUUUUAAAUACUCCUGGUUACCUGGUUCACGCUGCAGUGCAGUGCGUUCUAUGAAUUUGGCUGAAGAGGAUAGGAUUUCUGCUUGGAAGGCAAAGAAGAAAAAGAUAAGUAAAUGUAUGUUCAAGGCCUUCACAAGAAGUGCAUCACUUAAAUUUCUUUGCUGCUGGAAGGAUCAUUUUGCCUAAAUACAAAGAUGCGGUUAUCCCGCCACCUUCUAGCCACGUAAUCCUGGUUUACACAAGAAGAGAGUCUGUGACUCCAUCCCAA